CGCUGUUGUAAACAAAAAGUGAGACAGACGCUUCGCCGGAUUUGGGUCAUUUUUAUUUAAUUUACGAUGUCUCUGGGAAUGUCCUACAAGCCCCACGUCCACCAGCAGGUUCCGGGAGCUGCGGGGAACCAGGUUGGAAACCUCCCAUCUCCCUCAGCGGCUAACCUGGCCACGCUGCAGUCCUACAGGCCCGUCCUGAGUGAAUACGGACCUCCGUCUCUGGGAUUCUCACAGGGCUCUACUGGCAAUCAAGUGCCUCAGAACAAAUACGCAGAGCUGCUGGCCAUCAUCGAGGAGCUCGGAAAGGAAAUCAGGCCCACAUACGCAGGAAGCAAGAGUGCAAUGGAGAGACUGAAAAGAGGAAUAAUUCAUGCCAGGGGACUGGUGCGUGAAUGCUUGGCUGAGACAGAAAGAAAUGCAAGAUCUUAGCCAUAAACACUCAUUCCUCCCUGCAAGAAUUAAACAAAAAAUAAUAAUAAAUACACUUGCAUGGCAUUUCCUUUGCAAGGAGGAAAUAAGUGAAGGAUGAUAGAGCGAGUUGUUAGAAGGGAAAACAUGGAGAAGGAAACGACUCCUAAAGGUUCUGGACUUCAUGUGUUUUUACGCCCCACUUUUGGGAUCUUAGUUUUGACUUCAUAUUGGUUUUUGCAUGUGAACUGGAUUAUGGGUAAACCGUAGACUCUGCAUGGCUUGUACAGAGGUAGUUGGAUGAACCGUUAUGUUUUUUUGCUGUUAUUUGGUCUGUUUUUCAGACCUGGUAACACACGAUG